UAAUUAUCAUUGACAAAAAUCGAUUUCGAAGCAAUGUUGAAUCUCAUUUGAACCCAAAAACAUCAAAACUCAUCAAAAAUUCAAAAAUUAUCGAAAGAAAAUUGAAAACUUUGAAGAAUUUCAAGGACCAAGGAUAGAAAACUGGCUCAAAAUGCAGCAACAACGUCGCGCUCCCAUCGUCGGAGUCAAAAUAAUCUGGACCGCAGUGCGAAAACUCACAAAUAGCAAGAACGGCGGAAGUAUCAAACACGAUGCUUUAGUGCGGGAAGUCACCAGCGUCGGACAUUUUGUGAACGAGGAUGUGGUUAUUCAUGUGAUUGACGAUGCAGUUCACGAUGGAAUUUUGAUCAAAUCUGAAGAUGGGCUCCGUUUGAAAGAUGCCGACCUGAAUUAUCCCGAAAAUUUGGCGGAUUGGUAUUGUUACGAGUGUCACAGCGGCGGCGAUGUAAGGAAAUGCGACAAUUGUUUGAGGGUUUUUCACAUGUCUUGCAUCAAGACUGACGCGCAAAAGCAGGAAUUUUGGGAUAAAUUGGACUAUCACGUGGAUAAAACGCAAAAUAAGUCGUUUACGUACAAAGAACCCGUUGAACAAACACAAAAUUUGUCGAUUUCGGACAAUUCCAAUUCACGGAGAUUCUGUUACGGAUGCCGGUUGAUCCAUAAUGGGCGUGCAAAGUACAAGGACAUCGGUAAAGAGGAGUUAAAUUACCUUUUAACGUUUGUUUUCAAUCGUGUUCAUUCUUGGGUCAACGAAGAUACGUUCUCGUUGCAAAAUAAUUCCGUGCCAAAAGCCGCCUAUAUCAUGGAAAACAUUGAAUUAUCGAUCCAGCAUCUAAUGCGCUUUCCAACGACCAUCGAAAUGAUCAAAACCAAACUCGCCAAUCAGGAAUACACGAUUUUUGAGGAACUUUUACGCGAUAUUUUGGAUGUCGGACACAAUUUGGCGCUCGUUUUCGGUCCUCAUUCCGCGGAAUUUGAAGCUUCGAAUUUUUUGUUUGCCGAUGCGCAAUUCGAAAUCGGCGAAAUUAAGACUUGUCGUGAUUGUUAUCGACAUUCCAACGAGAAAUUCGACAAAAAUUGGUUUACAGUGCCUUGUGCGUCGCGCGAACAUCAACUCGUUUACGCAAAAGCUCCGGGAUUUCCCUAUUGGCCCGCAAAAGUCGUCAAAAUACACGAUGAUGGAAAAUAUGACGUUCGAUUUUUUGGCGGCGAACAUUCUCGUGCGAUAGUGCAUCAACGUAACAUAGAGCCCAUCGACAAAAACAUCAAAAGAUUGAACAGCGGCAAAAAUGUGACAAAAUCUCUGCAAGUAGCGUUAAAUGAACUCAAAGAACAUCAAAAACAACUCGAAUUACCGAAGGAAAAAUUCACGUUUGAGGGGGAAAAAAGCACACGUGCCAAGAAAAAGUGUAAAUUUGUGCCAAACAAACCGACGGAAGUCGAAAAAACCGAGCAAAAAGCCAAAAAACGUACACAACGAACCAUGAGUCUUCCCGCAGCGAGACCUACUGCUGCUCAAAGAAAGUUAAUGGAGCCGAAAAAACCCGCAAAAGUCAUUAAAACUGCCGAGCCGGAACAAAAACUGCCAGAAAAUCAAGAAUCUCGUCCUGAAUCGCCAAAAAGGAUCCCUGUGAACUUCGUUAAACCAAUGGGUCCUGCCCCAAAACGUGUCAAACUCGAACGUGAACGAAAGAUGAUGGAAGAAAAGUCUUCCAAUGAAGUCAAUUUUGAAGAAAACUCAUUGCCAUCCAACAAAAAUGAAGCAACGAACGUCGAAAAAUCCGACAAAAAAGAAAAUUCUUUGUCCAAACUCGAAAAUCGCUUGGCCAAAGCGAAGACAAUUGAUGAAGUGCGCCAAAUUUCCAAAGAAAUGAUGAAAAAAGAGCUCGAAAGUUACCAAAAGAAGAUUUCAAAGUUGAAGGAGAAACAUGAAGAGGAGAUACGCGAAACUAAAAACAAGCAAUGGUGCAAAACAUGUUUCGAAAGUGCCAAUUACUUCUGUUGCUGGAACACGUCUUACUGUUCGAAGGAAUGUCAACGUCGCGAUUGGGAACUUCAUCGUCGUACGUGCAAACGUAAACCACAGUCGAAAUAACAAACAAAAUUUAGCUUUUAAGGAAAAUUCUUUAUUACUUUCACGAAGAUUUCAUUUUCUAAAAAGGAAUCGAAAAAAAUCUAACGUAACUUCUAUAUCUAGCCGUACCUAAAGCAAAGUAUUCCUUCGAAUGUGAUAUUAUGUUAACUACGAAUAACAAUUACCUUUAUUAAUAUUAGUUUAAAUGGCGCAAAAUUUUUCUAUUAAAGAACGAAAUGUGAAA